AUGCCAGUGGUGAAGGUGGAGAAAGACUCCCCGUCUGAAACAACUCUGCCCGUCUCCAACCCCCAGACGCCAGAGGCGGCCAAGGGCCGGCGGCGGAAGCGGCCCCUGCAGCGAGGGAAGCCCCCCUACAGCUACAUCGCCCUCAUCUCCAUGGCCAUCGCCAACUCACCGGACCACCGGCUCACACUGGGCGGCAUCUACAAGUUCAUCACCGAGCGCUUCCCCUUCUCGGACAACCCCAAGAAGUGGCAGAACUCCAUCCGCCACAACCUGACCCUCAACGACUGCUUCAUCAAGAUCCCCCGCGAGCCCGGCAGACCCGGCAAGGGCAACUACUGGGCUUUGGACCCGAACGCAGAGGACAUGUUUGAGAACGGCAGCUUCUUGAGGCGCAGGAAACGCUUCAAGCGCUGUGAUUUCACCACCUACUCGACCUACGCGCACGAGCCGCCCGUCUUCGCACCCGUGCAGAUCGCCCGCUCGGCCUACGCCAACACAGUAUACUCCAACAUGGCCGUCAGUCCCCCCUACAGCCAGCAGCUGCCCCCCACCUACUACCCCUCCUCUUCCCCCGGCUUCGGUUCGGGCCAGUCGCGCGUCUUCAGCAUCAACACCCUCAUCAGCCCCCACGGCGCCCUGGGCCAGAGCCCAGAGAUGGUGGGCCAGCAGCCCUGCCGCGGCUUCAACCCAGAGGGAGCCUCCUGCAGCCUGGCCAGCCCCGGCUUCCAGAGCCAGCCCUGCAGCGGCGCCUCGGUCCAUCCCCGCUGCACCUCGGCUUCCAGCCACAUGGCCUUCACAUACCCGGGGCCGGCCACGCACGGCCACGGGCCAGCACAGGGGCUGUACUCCCAGAACAGCUGCCAGACCUACGGCCCAUCAGGCAGGCUGGCCAUCACAGGGUCGUCGCCCAUGGCAGCCGACCCUGUCGGGGACCCGUACAGCAGGGCAUCUCCAGGCCAGCUGAGCUCUUUUGCGCAUUACAACAAUGCGGGGACAGGAGCCUACCUACGGCCUCCUACAUACUCUGGUAACAUGGAGAGAUUUGUGCCCGCUAUUUAAAGAUAUACACCAGCGAAACACGGACAUGACCUCUGAGUUUGCAGUACUGGAUAUUUGUUUAUGGUGAAAAAUGUGACAGCAUGCAUCCGUUAAUUCACUUUUUCCUGAAAUCAAAACUCGCAGUGAGGAGAUUGACUCUAACGCACCAGCGACAUAAAAAAAAAAAA